AAAUACAUGGAAUGCCCUAUAAAAACAACCUCAAACACAUCGAAUUCUCCAACUCAAAAUUACCUCAUCCCAACACUUACAAAAUUUCACAAAUUUCAGACAGAAACAGAGAAAGAGAUGGGUGUUCUUAGAGCCCUUGCAAGGAAUUUGGAUGCACUUGUCGGACCUGGAGUGAUGCUUCUAUACCCACUAUAUGCAUCGAUGAGAGCAAUAGAGAGCCCUUCAACGCUGGAUGAUCAACAAUGGCUGACAUACUGGGUGCUCUACUCCUUUAUAACCUUGUUCGAGCUUUCCUGUUGGAAAAUCCUUCAAUGGCUUCCCUUUUGGCCAUACCUGAAGCUUGUAUUCUGCGCGUGGUUGGUGCUGCCAAUUUUCAAUGGAGCAGCUUACAUAUACGAGAAUUUUGUGAGGAAAUACGUGAAAGUUGGGAGUUAUGUGAGCUCAAAUCACCCGGAAGGGCAAAGGAGGGUUCUUCAGAUGAUGAGCCUUGAUGCCAGAAAAUCUGUCGAGAAAUACAUUGAGAAAUAUGGCCCUGAAGCCUUUGAUCGAGUUGUCAGAGCGGCUGAGAAAGAGGCAAGGAAACACUGAGGACAUGAGGAUUUUUCAUAUACCGAUCGAAGUUAGAUUAAUCUCAGACAUAUAUAUGGCUAGCUAUCAAUCGUUUAAAUUUUUACAAUUAAAUUCUACUCUCUAAUCAUUCAUAUCUUUGUACAUGACAAAAAUUUAUGCAUAUGCAUCGAGUGUCUUUCGAUUGUUAAUCUAUAUUUAUAUAUAAUAAAAAAAAUAUAGAGACUAUCCAAAUAACCAUAAUGUAUGCGCAUACUUGAAUAGCUUAU